UAUAAUUCAGACUUCAGCCAACAGCUCGGCGCGGAAGUGUCCACCUGCGGUUCCUGAGACGCGCUCGUCACUGAAUAGUACAACACAGCUGGAGCCCUGAAAAUGGCCACAGACGAGCUGUCGUCCAAGCUGAGCCGGCGGCUGCAGAUCGAGGACGGGGCCGAGGAGCCGGUGGCCGUGGAGCUGGGGGGCCGGCCGGACCCCGAGGACCACAAGUCCGCCGUGGCCAACGCGGACGCGGAGCUGGGCGCUCUGCUGACCAGACGCGGGGAGCUGAACGACGGCGAGGGCGAGCCGCUGCAGCCCAGCAUGAAGGUGUUCAACGCGUACACGGAGUUCAAGGAGUUCUCCAGGAAGCAGAUCAAAGACAUGGAGAAGAUGUUCAAGAUGUAUGAUACUGGGAAAGACAACUACAUCGAUCUGAUGGAGUUGAAGCUGAUGAUGGAGAAGCUUGGAGCUCCACAAACUCACGUUGGCUUGAAAAACAUGAUCAAGGAGGUGGACGAGGACCUGGACAACAAGCUGAGCUUCAGAGAGUUCCUGUUGAUCUUCAGGAAAGCGGCGGCGGGAGAGCUGGCAGAGGACAGCGGCCUGAGCGUCCUCGCUCAGCUCUCUGAAAUUGACGUCUCCACCGAAGGGGUCAAAGGUGCCAAGACCUUCUUUGAAGCUAAAGUCCAGGCCAUCAACGAAUCCAACCGGUUCGAGGCAGAGAUCCGCCAGGAGCAGGAGGAUAAGAAGAAACAGGCCGAGGACCAGAAACAGAGACGAGCGGCUUUCAAAGAACUGCAGUCCGCCUUCAAGUAACGGCCUGGCUGUCCUCCGGGGACCUUUCACUCUAUGUGCUGUACUAAUGUUGUCAGUUUGUCAAUCAGUGUACUACUUUUAUGCCAGAUAUACUAUGAGUCCUAUGCAUUUAUGUUACGUAUCCAAAGCCCCUCCUACACGGCAUCUUCUCGCUCCCCCUGCCGGCCUCCAGGCCGACUAAACAAAGGCAGUGCCAUCGUGAACCGCAGUAUGCUCUCGGACAGCCUGUUAGAACAGCGUUGUUGGGGCGAGCUUUGGCCUACAGUUUAUAUUUAAACACGGAGACUGCAUCAGAUCUUUUCGCGUUCGCCCCAUCGUAAAAGCACGAACAAUGUGAAUUUUGAUCUUUUGACAGGGUGGACUUCAAAUCAGUAUUAUGUCGUUUACCGCCAGCAUGUCUCCCGUUCAUUUCCAGUAGUUUGUGUCAAACGAGGAGGACGGCUACUCCUCAGCACCACAAUGAUCAAACCCUUGUUCACGCAUCGAGGCCAGUUUUUCUAUUCCAUGCUGGUCCUUUUUGGAUUUUUGAGUGAUGCAGCUUCACAAACUUUUAUAUAUUUAUAUAUAUUGUAAUCAGGUACAGGUAUAUCUUUUAGCCAAGAGAUUUGCACAGUUUUGCACGUACUUGGUUAUUUGAUGCAAGUGUCUUAAUCGAGAAAUAAUAGAAUCAGAGUUGUUUCUUUUCGAUCAGCUUUCUGUGUUUUCACACGUGCACCGUGAAUCCUGAUUGUGCUAAAGAAAAUCAGAUGACCUACUGCUCAUCAGACUAAUAUGUACGUUUUGUUGUUUGUUUUUUUUCCACGGAAAUUUUUUUUUCCCUAAAAAAUGGGACCACUUAACCUGUUGUUCUGUUAAGUUUGGAUUUAUGUCACUUUUUUGAAAGGAAUUACAUACAAUGUACACCUAAAUGAGAACAAGUACACAUCACACAAAAGGUAACGGAUAGUUUGUUCAUGAAAUGAUCAGAGCACUUGUAGUGGGGGGAGGGGGGUCCGCUGGAUCAAUACUUGUUCUCUCGUCUGCGUGUCUUGGCGAGACGCUGAAUCCUAACUGGGAAGGGCUGAACGUGUCUUGCUGAUGAUCUUGCAGACAUAGAGGGAUUUAUUUUUAAAAUGGGACAACCACUUACUUCUAGAUAAAGGGAACAACUUUAUAUUAACUACCAUGUCUCAUAUGACUGGGCAAAAGAGAAACUAUAGCUAUUAAUGCACUUGGAGUGUCAUUGCACUGUAAUGAAAUGAUUAUUUUGUAUCAUAAGAUCCUGCUGUCCACACACGUUCGCAAGCAGCUCAACUACAGUAGAAAAUAUGUAGAAAAGCAACUUUUCCAUAGAGUUAUAUUGUAUAUCCUGUGUACUAUUAACAUCUUUAAAUGAUAUAAUUUUGUAUUCCAUCAUAAAACAAAGACCUUCAUUUUGUUUUUUAUUUUUAUAGAUUGUAUAUAUUGAACAGGAUUUUUUUUCCUACAUACCAGUCAUUAAUCACUUUUUUUUUUAAUGAUCUUCAGGGUUAGAUAACUUUAAUGCCUAAAUUCUAGUAUCUUAAAUUUUUGUACUAAAUUCUUCUCAGGACAGAUCUGUUAUUGUUAAAUGUUGUCAGGAGCUACUUUGAAAUGUAUAAUUGAACAAGUUUGAGUCUGGGUCAGAUUAUGUGUUAGCUCUUACUAUUGUAACUGAUGUGACACUGUCUAUUGUAUGCAAGCAUAUCGUGAGUGAAACCUUUGAUUCAAUAAAAUGAUUAAUAGUAUUCAAAGAU